GCGGCGCAAACAUCGCGCAGACAGCGCCCGCGCGCGCCUUUGCUCGGUCCGUACCGCGAAAUAAACUCAAAAAUUAAAACUUUGCAAACUUCUUAACCAGUGUUUAGUUUAAUUAAUAUAAGUGGUAAUUAACAGAUUAUGGGUUUGGCCGCGGACGCCCAAACAGGUCAACUUUUCGGCCGUGUUUUUGUGCUUUUUCUAUUAAUGACGUCAUAGGCUUACAGUAGCAAGUAAGUACAAAAUCAAUAUGUGUUCUGAAGUGUUAAUUAAUGAAGCGCAGAAAGUGGGAAGGCCAUGAAAAAACGACACAUAAGAAAAAGCGUACGGUGGCAGGCGAAGAAUCAAAGACUACGACUUGAUAUACGGAAUGAAACAUGACUGUUGAAAGGAACUAAUUAACGCCAAAUCGCGGUAGCUUCCAUUGAUCACCCUAACAUAUCGUAUCGUAAGAUUAUAAUAUUAGUUUGUUAGUAUUUCGCCUUUUCUCGUGCCUCUCUCCAAUUCUAAAUUUAAUGAUAAUACGUACUGUGAUUGACAAAGUGAUAUUGGUGUUUGUGUACAUAGUAACGCUAGAACCUUUAACGUAAUAUUCCGGAACUCGUGUAUCUGUGACCGCUCAAUAAAGGCACAAAACUGGCAAGUAUGCAGGCAGCUCUUAUGAUAAGAGCAAAAUCUAGGGAGCGAAGAAAACAACGACUGAAGCGUGGUAUCAAACAUGAAAUACCGAGCAACGUAGCAACGAAGACUAUUGCACCUUUCCCGAGAUACCCACCUACUUCAUGGUGCGCCGCUGGGCGCGCGGCGUGGCAAGAGGCCGCAGCUCUCUCCGUGGGCGGCGGCGCAGGGGCCGCUGGGGGUGCAGCCCGGCGUUGCUCGGUGCUCGGGGACCACCCGGGGGCCCGGCGGGACCCCCGCGCCAAGUGGCACAGGAACAACCGGGUGCGCGAUGCGUCGUACGGGUCUUCUUCGGAAUCGGACGGCGACGAAGCCAACGGCGAGCCGUGGGGCGUCGCCCGGCUUCUUUACGCUGGACUUGCGACACUUGCAGUUGGACUGGUUGUGUAUUUCGUUGGGACAGGCGACAAGCCUUCCCAGGGUUUCAAGACACCAGCCCUGCGGCUGGUGGGUCCCUGUCUCAUCGUAGCAGGACUGGCCUGCUGCUUACUGCGUAUCAUAUUCUGUAUGUUUGCCAAGCCUUGCUGUCCGCGACGGAAUCACAAGGAGAACAGAAGACUGUCAGGUGGUGCAGAGGGAGAAGAGAUGCCUUUAGCUGGCGGAUGUCCCAGCACCCGAGCUGGGCCCGCGCAGUGUUCGCCCGCGAGGCGUCUAGACUCCUCGUGCGACGUGUCGAGCCUCUCCAGCGGCGAAGAGGACGAACGCCUGCGACGAUAUCGCACUUCGAACCAGCCGCAACCGCAGCCGCAGACUGUCUUAGUUCAACAAGCAAACCCUCCUCGCACGGCAGCGUCUGCGUUGUCAAGCGCAAACGCAGGCAAACGUCCGCCCCCUCGCAAUGUCUCGUUCGCGGGCGGACCUGAUGGCGAGCUGGUCCUAAGUCCCUCGCAAUUACGCUCCUAACCAAAUAUACAAACUAUGGCCGAUCGCGGUCUCAGUGUGCUUAAUUACAAAUUACAUAAACUGUUCAGCGAAAUUGACUUUUCUUUUGCACGACACCCCAUUUGCAGAUGCCUACGUGAAUUGUGAUACCGCGAACACUACCGUGUGACGGUUAACGGUAGGAAUGUGUUACCUAAUGUAGGGAUUACUGAAUGUGCUAGAUCCAUCCGUCUUAUGCAUACUAGGGAUAAGGUUGAGAGAUCUACGAACGCACCUAAAUAUUGAAAUAUAAACAUUAUGUUAAAACUGCCUACUACUAGAUGCGAAUUUAUAUUUAAAUAUAAAAUUCAUUAAAAUAGAUUUAUAACUGACAAUAAUGAUUGUUAACUGAUGUAUAAAGUGUUAUGCGUAUGAGCGUUGACUUUAAUUUAAACCAAUCGUAUGUUUAAGCGCUGAGAUUCUCAAAUUAUCUUCCAUAAUUAAUUUAAAAUAAAUACGCCUUAACUUAUUUUCUAUAUCUUGGCGCUUAAACGACGGAAAGAACACCAAAAUAUUUAUAAAUAGCUAAACGAAAAUUGAUGUACUGUUUAACAGUUUAUGUUUUAGGUAAGGAUGUGUGUUGAUAAGAUACGAUAAAUUAUGCGUUAAUGUGCGUUGUAUGGCACACAUAGUGUUUAUAAAUAUAUUUUAGAAGUAUUUGCACCUUUCGUAGUGAUCAAUUGUAUCUGCAGGUUUUAUUAGAAUAAAAUUUCGCGAAUUGAGCGAUACAUGAAAAUGUUUUUGAUUAGUUUCGUCAAUUAAUCUGAGGAAAUGUAUAGUUAUUUUGUAUUGUUUAAAUCUAAGAAUUGUCAAUUAAUUAAAUUAUUUCGCGUAAUUUCGCUUAUUUUAAGUCGUGCAUUAUAUAAAGUAUUUCGCACUGAUUGUUUUAAGCUAUUAAUGUAUUUAUGAUUCAGGAGUAAAAAAUACGGUUCUAUAAUGAAUAGUUUUAAUGUAAAAUUACUCUAGUCAAAAUAUACAUUCUGGAACUUAAUUUAUAUUAUUUUUUCAUAACAAAUUGUCAUUGCUUCUGAGUGUAUUAAAAUUACGGUAUUUGUUAGUCUCCAUAAUUUUGGAGAUCGUAACGAUUAUAUAUCUCAAAUUAAAUUCUUUGUCCUUCACACAUUGUGACACACCACACCAUUUUUGUUGCAAAUGUUAUAUGGGAGAAAACAAAGAAAUUAUUAUAAAAUAAUAAUAAUACGUUCAAUAAAGCGAGAGAAUAUAUGAUAUAUAUACACCGUAAAUAAUAACUCAAAAUAUAAAACUUUAGUAUAUCUAGAAUAUUUUCUUUUAUUACAAUUGUAUAUUUUGACUAGAUUAUCCGGUAUAUAAAUAAUUUCGUUAUAACAAUGUUCAGCCAUGAAUGUAGCCACCCAUAUAGACGUUAAGGAAAAAUAUGAGCUUUAUUUAGAGUUUAACCGGUGGCUUAUAACCGAUGUUAAAGUACCCCAUUUGUCAUUUUAUUUCAUUAUAAUUUAAACCUUCUUAUGAAUAAAUUCUAUAAAAUACCUAAGCUAUUACGUACGUACGUAUACGUAUUAUUUUACUAGCGCCGAUUGCAUUAAUGAGCUUUCGUUUUGCGACAUCAAUACCUAUGAAAAUGUAUUUUUUAAAUUUUGAAGAAUCAUGAUAAAUGCGAUUCAAAGGCGCGUCAUAAUUUGGUUAAAUAAAAAUUUGUAUUUUUCUUGAGACGAAUUGAAGACUUCACUCAUUAACUCUAAAUUUCUAUAUAAUUAUAUGAUGGGUUGAUAUUUCAACCAAUGAAUAUGACUGCGUAACUACGCGCGUUUACUUACUUAAUAUUAGCUUUUCAAAUGCGCGUUAUAAUAUUUAUUUGUAAGGAGGUAUUUAAGCGCACAUUUUCUGGUGACAGGGUGAUUUAUAGAUUUUGUCUACCAGCAAAAUUUUGUAUCAUGUAGGGCCGGAACGGGAGCUUAAUUCUAUUUUCUAAAUAUUUCUGAGAGUUACACAGUCCGGCUCUUAACGUUUCGAUAACACUCUUUUCUCACAUAUACCUACAGAGUCUAAUUUGUAAAAAAUAUUCAAAAAUUCCUAUUUACCUAUCAACGUAUUUUCCGCGUGUUUGUAAUUUUUUAGUCCGCACCACAUUUUAAUAAUAUAGUAAAUUGUAAAUUUAAUAAUUGUGAAAUAUACGAAUAUUAACUGUUAAAUUUGAACCCAUCGCUCAUUCUUCGCCGUCAGUUAGUUCCUUUUAGAUGUACAGCGUUAGUUUUUCAUUAACAUUGUAAAACCUGACGUUUUGCGUAUAUAAUAGGCUCCUGCCAAAACAACAUAUUGUACAGGAAUUAAUUCACCUACUUAUAAGUAUACAAUUUAUCACUACAUAUGUAUUAAUGAAAUCAACGUCUCGUUAUUUAUAUGAACUCCAUCACCUCAGGUUUUAUCAAGCAUGUGCUUCCAGACCGCUUAGAUAGAAGAUUGUUUACGCUUAGCUUCUUAUACUAUGUUCUUCGGCCUAAUGUUACCAGAAUUAAAUAUAAUAGAAAAUGAAAGUUUAUUAAUUGUUAAUUUGUAAAUUUUUAUGUAAAACGACUCAUUGUACAAUAUGUCUAAAAUGCAAUCUUGUUCGAAUCGCUUUCUUAACAUAUAUUGGUUUUAAUAAAUAAUAGUUUAAUAUCUACAGCAAUAAUUUAAUGUUAAUCGUCUAAACAGCUUUGUAAGUAAAUUAUAGUAUAAGUUGCCCAAUUACACAGAUUUUCAAUACUAAUCUGUUAAAUUGUUUAACGUUGAAAAGUGUAUUAAAUCCUAGUCUAAGAAAAAUCCUGUGAACUUUUGAAAUAUAUUUAAAUUUAAAAAACUUAUUUUGUCCGCCUCCAUGAUUCAAUAUUAACAUGGAAAAUAACUCUCUUGGGACUCUACUUCAGUUGAAACAAUAAUGGUGUACGAGAUACCUAAAUUAUAUUUCUAAAACAGCAUAUAGCAUAGCAAAUAUUCACAUGAUUUAUAUUAGAUAUUUUUUUUAUAUGGUACUUAUACGAUUGAAUUUUAAAAUUGAUUUAUAUAUAAACGGCAAUAUACAUAUGGGAAAUAUAGAAUACGCGUUAAUAUUUAUAUCGAAUUAUUUAUCAUGUUUCUAUUUUAAUU